AUGUCUCCGCUGCCCCGCCUCAUCCUCCUCUGCUUCGCCGCCGCCGCCACGGCGGCGGUCACGGCGUCCGUCGCAUCGCUCAACGGCGCGGCGAACGAUCUGCUCCCCAAGUACGACCUGCCGAAGGGGCUCAUCCCGGACUCCGUGGCCUCCUACAGCUUUGACGAGGCCACGGGCGCCUUCGAGAUCCACCUCGCCAGCACCUGCUACGUCCACUUCGGCUCCCACCUCGUCUACUACGAGAGGACCAUAACGGGCAAGCUCUCCAGGGGCGCCAUCUCGGACCUCUCCGGCGUCCAGGCCAAGAAGCUCUUCCUCUGGGUCUACGUCACGGGGAUGGUCGCGCACCCCGACCAGGGCACCAUCGAGUUCCAGGCCGGCUUCAUCUCGGAGUCGCUGUCGGCCUCGAUGUUCGACGAGGUGCCCACCUGCGGUUCCAGCGUUGGCGCGCAGCUGCGCGGAGCGGCUGGGGUGAUCGGAGAGCUUGGGCUGCUCCCCGUUGCGCAGAUGGAUCUUAGUGUACGCCAUGCUCACGAGUCCAAUGAUGCAUAA